UUGACAUAUAGUCUUAGACGUGUCUGUAUCUAAUUGAAAGAUGAUUGAAACAUGGAGGAUCCAAAUUCCAAUCUCCACUCUAUAUAUACCAUUCUUCCCACCUUCAAUUUCGCUUGCCUCCUUAUAGUACUCGACAUUUCAUGGGAUCUCCCACUUAUCUCUCCUCCUCUCUCUAGUCUCUCCCCCGUUGAUCUUAAUUUUUAAGUUCCCAUUACAAAGGGAAACAACAAAAACCAGAACCCAUUCCUUCCUCUCACUCACAGUCAAGUCUCCAUUACAAAGGAGAUCAUCAAAAACUUGGAAGCCAUUAUAUUACAUUAGACAGGUACCCGUUUCAUUUUGAACAUUUUGAGUUAUUAAAUCUUCUUCUUCUUCAAAUCUUUCAUGUUUCAUCCUUUCGGGGAGAUCUAGAGAGAAGGGUAUGAUCAGAAAAAUGGAGGGAAACCAAUUCGUGAUCGAAGCAGCGGAAGUGGAAUCAAUGGCGAAAGAAUCAGGGCUUUCCGUUCUGCAACUGCUACCAUCCCUCGUGAAAUCAGCCCAGAAACUGGCUAGGCCUCCAAUAUCAAAGUACCAUGUCGGAGCCAUAGGAUUAGGUUCCGAUGGCCGGAUCUUCCUGGGUGGGAACGUCGAGUUCCCAGGUCUUCCCCUUCAUCAUUCCAUCCACGCGGAGCAGUUCCUGGUAACCAACGCCGUCAUCCAUGGCGAGACACAAUUGAAAUACAUCGCCGUCUCAUCUGCUCCCUGCGGCCAUUGCCGUCAGUUCUUGCAGGAAAUUCGUGGCGCUUCCGAGAUGAAGAUCCUCGUCACCUCCACCGAGAAUGGCGGAGGAGACCAUCAAAAUGAUGAAGACGAAGCCUUCUCAUUCCUGCCUCUCUCCACCUUCCUCCCUCACCGAUUCGGCCCUGACGAUCUCCUCGAGAGCGAUGUCCCUUUACUCCUAGAGCCACGUCACAACGCUCUCGCUUUCAUCGACGGCGUCAACCACCACGUCGAGAACAACGUCAUCAACGGAGACGUCAACUGCAACAGCGAUGUUGCAGAUCACGAGAAAAAGUUGAAAUGUGCAGCCCUGGAGGCAGCCAACAAAUCACAUGCUCCCUACAGUGUGUGCCCCUCAGGGGUAGCCCUCAUGGACGUAGAGGGAAGAAUCUAUAAAGGGUCGUACAUGGAAUCAGCGGCGUAUAAUCCAAGCUUGGGACCCGUGCAGGCGGCGCUGGUGUCGUAUCUGGCGGCGAGUGGCGGAGGUGGGUAUGAUAGGAUCGUAGCUGGAGUGUUAGUGGAGAAGGAAGGAGCGGUAGUGGUACAAGACGGCACGGCACGGCUUCUUUUGCUCUCUGUUUCGCCCAGAUGUGAUUUUCGCGUAUUUCAUUGCCGAGCUUCUUCUUCUUCUUACAACUGUGAAAGGUUAUCCACUUAGAAUUUUUAUGGUGGCAACUUUUCUUUUUUCAUUUUUUUUUGUGAUUAGAAUGGUGUGAAGAAGAACUAAUUGACUGGUUAAUAUGAAACAGACAAGGAUCAAAAGUUACCCAUAUGGAUGGAUGAAAUGAGAUUCUCAGAAUCAAUCAUCUCUUCCUACUCUGGUGCUUUGACCCCUUUAAUUAUCAUUGAUGAUAUUUAUAAUUUAAUUAUAAUAGAUAAAAUUAAAUAUCUCUUUGAAUCUAAGGAUGAGAUUAAUGCAGAAACAGAUGGGAUUGUAUUAGAUUAUCUUUA